AGUCUUUGGUUGUCAAAACAAUUGGUUAUUUACAUGGUUAUUUAUAAUUACAGUAAAGUAAUAUUUUUUUACUUACUUUCUGUUUUCUGUAUUAUUUAGUGAUUCUCUGCUGUAAUUGCUAUGGUAUGAUAUGUAGUAUUGCCUUAGUUACAACCUGCUUAAAGUAAUGGAGCGAAGAGAAAGGCAGAGAUGUGUUUACGUUUCUGCUAGUCAAAAGAAAAAACUUAUCGAAUCAAUCACAAAACACCCUGAGCUGAUAUCUUGCAAAGUAUCUAAUUUUAAUUAUAAAGACACACAAAAUAUUUGGCGAAUCAUAGCUAACGAAUGCAAUGCCAUACCCGGGGCAAAGAAAACUUGGAGGCAAUGGAGAAAAACAUGGUAUGAUCUACGUUGCAAUACUAAAAGGAGGCAUGCUGAAAGUAAUGGAGAGGUUACUACAUCUAAUAAUUUCCUAACCCAGGCUGAACAAGAGGCGUUAGGCAUUAAAAGAGUAGCGGAGAUUCCAAUAGAAGAUAUGCAUGAAGAGAACUUAAGUGAUUUAUCAGCUGCAAUGAGUGAACCUGAAUCAUUGCCAGAACAAAAAGUUGCAAUCUCCUCGGUGGAUCUAGACUUUCCUAAACAUUCCUCAAGAAGUUCAGGCAGCUGUAACUUAAGCUGUGAUUUAUUAGCUGCACAGGAACGGAGAAAAUUAGAAAUAAAAGAGGAUUAUUUGAAUUUUAAAAAGGACUAUUUAAAACAGAAGCUUAUAUUAAUGAAAGAACAAAAUGAUGCACUUAAAAGUAUAGCUAAAGAACUAACAAACAUGAAAUGAAAGUUUUCUAAAUUGAAUCUAACACACAAAAUAUAUCUCAAAUGUUGUGCAAACCAUAGCCUACUCUCUUCUAUUCCUAUGUCCCCAAAGUGGGGCAGAGGGCGUCCCCAGUAUGCCGCCAGCUCGCUCUGUCUUGGGCUCUGCGUUGUAUCUCGGGCCAUGACAGUCCGAUUACCUACUAUAGCCUUCUACUAAAUCACUAAAAUUGUUAGCGAUAUCACUCUUUUUGAGAUGAUGGCUGUUGUUUUGCCUUAUCAAGAUCAAAACAAUAGAUAUAUCUAUUAUACUUCUUACUUUUUAAAACAGGCAGUUUACCUUAUUGGUUAUCUUUAUUCAAAACUUAUCAUUUCAGUUCUGAUGGUUUGAUAUCUUCUGUACAAGAUUACAGUAAUCUCAAUGUUGAUAAAACUUAUCGUUACUUAGUACAAUGCUUUUAAAUAAUAAUUAUGGAUUGAAAUUUUGACAUAUACUAUGUAUGUGACAAUGGAACAGAUCUUAAUUAAAGU